GUCCACAUCUUUUCCCCUUUUCUCUUCUUCUUUGCAUAAUCUGAAGAAAUAAUUUGUUAAGAGUUUAAAGAAGAAAAAAGCCCCACCCUCUUGUCCAAGAAACUAUACAACCACAAGUUUUUGUUUUUACGUACUCUUAAGGAUUCUCUUUCCUUCUCUCUCUCUCUCUAUAUAUAUAUAUAUAUCUGUUUCUUGGAGUAGAGAAAGCAAACAAACAUGGAAGAAGGAACAGAGAUUGAUAGACUGCCAAUUGACUUGUUAGCUCAUAUCUUUGUGUUGAUCAAUUCUUUCACUGAUUUAGCACAUGCGAGCAGUGUGUGCAGGAAAUGGAAAGAAGGGGUGAAACGAUCUUUAGGUAGGAGAAACAGUUUGAGCUUUGCAGGGUUAAAGAUGGAUGAUCAUUCUACUGCCAGAGUUGUACGCUAUGCUUAUAGUCUUAAAGAACUUGACAUUUCAAGAAGCCGUUGGGGUUGCCAGAUAACUGACAAUGGACUGUAUGAAAUAUCUUUGGCAAAGUGCAUCAGCAACCUAACAUCCAUUUCCUUAUGGGGCAUGACAGGGAUCACAGAUAAAGGUGUUGUUCAAUUGAUGUCGAGAGCCAAUUCAUUGCAACACCUCAAUGUUGGUGGUACAUUUAUCACUGAUGAGUCUUUAUGUGCUAUUGCAGAUAGCUGCCCACAUUUAAAGAGCAUCGGCUUAUGGAGCUGCCGCCAUGUGACAGAGAUCGGACUUAUUUAUCUUGUAAAUAAGUGCCGCAAACUGGAGUCUAUUAAUGCAUGGGGAACCAGAGUCCCCAUAGAUUGCUUUCUUUGUUUGCUUACUGUUAGUCCAGCUCUUCGAAUCAAGCAUGGGGGAUUUCUGCUAAACAUUGGAAAUGCAUCUAUGUUGCCUGUUGCAUGAGCUGCUCAUCUUAAUUUACUCGUCUCUGUACAGAUUAUUCUUCUGCUUUUUUAUUUGCAUUGCAAUUGAAAGUUGAGAAUUCCAAUAAACUAGCAAGUUCUUGCUUUCACAUUCUUGUGUUGUAAAGCUGCUCUAUGUUGGUGGGUUUAUUUACUUAUGUCAGCAAAUUAUUUGGCAUUUGGCUCUGUAUUGUACCCGAAUUUUGUACAGUCAAUGUUUUACAUGUUCAGGUUUUCUGAUUCAAAUUCCUGAACUCCAGUUCAA